AUGGCACGAGCAUUCACGUUAUCGGAAAAAUCUGUUUUCCCCCUCUCCUUCUUCUUAUUCUCUUCGACUCUUCAACUCCUCCUGAAAUGCCACGUGGCAUCUGCCAUGGCCGCCGGAGAGGGAUGGUGGCAGCUCCUCCACGGAAGCGUCGGGAUCUCGGCCAUGCACAUGCAGCUCCUCCACAACGACCGUGUCAUCAUGUACGACCGUACGGAGUUCGGCCCCUCCAACGUCGCCUUGCCCGGCGGAAAAUGUAUCGGCAAUGCGGCCGAUUGUACGGCUCACUCCAUCGAGUAUGACGUCAUAUCCAACGGGUUCCGUCCACUCACCGUUCAGUCCAACAUCUGGUGCUCCUCCGGCUACGUCACGCCGGACGGGACGUUGGUUCAGACCGGGGGGUUCUGGACUGGUGAGAGACGAGUCAGGUUGUUCACUCCUUGCAAGAAUAACAUAUGUGAUUGGAAAGAGGUCGAUAAUGGUUUGGCCUGUAAGCGAUGGUACGCGACCAAUCACAUUCUGCCAGAUGGCUCGCAGAUCAUCCUCGGCGGUCGCGAUCAGUUCAACUUCGAGUUUUUCCCCAAAACCAAAUACCCGAAUGCGUACAACUUACCGUUCUUGGCGGAGACCAAAGAUUUUGGGACCGAGAACAAUCUAUACCCUUUUGUUUUCCUCAACGUUGAUGGAAACCUAUUCGUAUUCGCCAAUAACCGAGCCAUUCUGCUCGACUAUAGUAAGAACACGGUGGUCAAGACCUACCCGACAAUCCCGGGCGGCGACCCACGAUCGUACCCGAGCACCGGCUCUGCGGUUCUACUGCCAUUGAAGAACCUAGAAGCCAUUAACGUUGAGGCCGAGGUUCUGGUGUGCGGCGGUGCACCGAGAGGAUCCUAUGAACAAGCCAUGAAGAACAAUUUCGUGAAAGCACUCGACACGUGCGCAAGAAUCAAGAUUACGGAUCCGAACCCGCAGUGGGCGAUUGAGACGAUGCCUCAGGCGAGAGUCAUGGGGGAUAUGAUCAUUCUUCCCAACGGAGAUGUUCUGAUCAUCAAUGGCGGCGCGUCAGGAACCGCUGCAUGGGAGCUUGGCCGUGACCCGGUCUUAGCUCCGGAUCUUUACCGUCCUGAUAACCCGGUCGGAUCGAGAUUCAAAACGCAAAACCCUACCACCAUCCCGAGAAUGUAUCACUCCAGUACUGUUCUUCUCCGAGAUGGGAGAGUUCUUGUCGGAGGAAGCAACCCGCACGCCUACUAUAACUUCACCGGCGUUCUAUUUCCGACAGAGCUAAGCCUAGAGGCUUUCUCGCCGUCGUAUCUCGGGAAAGAGAAACCUUGCAUCAAGUACAACACGACAAUAAAGCUGGUUUUCGCCGUGUCUGGUGAGGUCAAGAUCCCGGUGAAGGUGACAAUGGUUCUUCCGUCUUUCACGACCCAUUCCUUCUCCAUGAAUCAGAGGCUUUUGGUUUUGGACAACAUCGAAUUCUAUAGAAAAGGAAACACGACGACGUAUAAUGUUGUGGUGAAAACGCCGGGAUCGUCCAAUAUAGCGCCACCAGGUUAUUACAUGAUGUUCGUCGUGAAUCAAGACAUUCCAAGCAAGGGCAUUUGGGUGCAACUGCAAUAA